AUGAGAAAAGCCUUUUCGCACGUCUCCGUUUCGAAUAAAAGGUUUGGUUUUCUUCGGAGGUGUUUAUCAUCUUGCUCAUGCAAUAAUACUGUCAUGGCCGCCUUUAAGGGUGUGUGGACUCAGGAAUUCUGGCGAGCCGUUUCGGGGGAGUUCCUCGCCAUGUUAAUAUUUGUGCUGCUCAGUCUGGGAUCCACCAUCAACUGGUCGGCAAAAGAAGAGAAGCCUUCGCCUCCUGAUCUUGUCCUCAUUUCUCUGUGCUUUGGCUUGUCCAUCGCAACCCUCGUCCAGUGUUUUGGCCACAUCAGUGGUGCCCAUAUCAACCCGGCUGUCACGGCAGCAAUGGUCGCCACACGGAAGCUGAGUCUUGCAAAGGCUGUGUUUUAUCUUUUGGCACAGUGCCUGGGGGCACUGGUGGGGGCAGCGAUCCUGUAUGGGGUGACCCCGGCAUCGGUGAGAGGAGGACUGGGAGUUACUUCUGUCAAUCCUGAAAUCUCCACUGGCCAUGCAAUUGUGAUUGAACUCAUAAUCACGUUUGAGCUCGUCUUCACCGUUUUUGCCACGUGUGACACCAAACGCAGUGAUCUCAAAGGUUCAGCGGCAUUGGCGAUCGGCCUGUCAGUGUGCAUUGGUCAUCUGUUUGCUAUCCCGUACACCGGAGCCAGUAUGAAUCCGGCUCGCUCUUUUGGGCCUGCGGUCAUCAUGGGAAAAUGGAACGAUCACUGGGUGUACUGGGUGGGCCCUCUAAUAGGGGGCGUACUAGCUGCCACUGUGUAUGAAUAUUUAUUUUGUCCUGACCUUGACCUGAAGCGUCACUAUGUUGACGUCCUCUCCAAGAGACCCUUCCAAAUCGACCCGUAUCGGGUGGUGGACACUGAUGCUUUCCCCAACGAUCAAGCGCAGCUUAUGGUCAAGCAGGCCAAGAUCAGAGUGUUGGACAUGGAGAGGGAGAAGAAGGAGAGAGAAUCGACAGGAGAGGUGUUGUCAUCUGUAUGACUAGUAAGAUGCACUGAGAAGGAACCACAAAACAAUGGAGAGCUCAAGGAGACAGAUUUGAUCUAGUCACAGUGUGUGUUUGUGAAGAUUUUUCAAAUCUGCUACAAAAAUACACCUGACUAUGAAUGAGCUAAAAACGACCUAAUGAUCAGAUUUCACACAUAUUUUGUAAUGACUUUAUUGCCAGCCACAUGUUACAGCCAUAUUGUCAAUAGAAUCGCUAUGGGGGUUUUCCCCAAUUCUUGUGUGCAGCAAAUGCAUCCUAUAAUUCAUCCCCAGUAAGUCAAAUGCAAUACCUGAGGAUUCUGACACGGGUAACAGUUUUGUUUGGUCUACAUGUUAUAUUACCUGCAAUAUCAUGGGUCAUGAUUAGAUCAUCACCAUUGUAAAACAUUUGUCUUCUCAGUGCACUCUAUAUGAAUUAACCCCUUCACUCCCUUUACUCCCUUAUAUUGUACAGAGUACUUUUAGUUAUGAAGGUUUGAAAUGUUACUUUAGUAAUAUGUAGUAUUGCAACUUUUAUAUUUUAUAUUCGAUGCUUCCAGAUUUUUGCAUACCCGACCUUUUAUAUGACGGACAUGUGCACAAAAAAAAACUGAAAACACAACUAGUGUUAGAAGAACAACUAGAAAAAUGCACUAGUUUACUAGUGUAAUGUCUUUAAAAGAUAUAUUUUUAUUAAUAGGGAAAUUAUUAUAAUUUUUUCUUCAGUUCACAAUUAAGCUUCACAAAGUAAGUUUUUACAUGUCAACUUCAUGUUAGCCAAUUAUGUUGAUUACCGAAACGUGUUUUUAAAAUACUUGUUCCAUAGCCCAUAACUAAUAAUCAAAAUCAAGAAAUAUUUAUGUACAUUGCAUUGUGCCUACCUGUAAUUUUUUCUCAGAGCAUUUCUUCAUUCUAAGUGAAAUGUUUAGUGUGUAUACUCUUUAUUACCAGCAGAGGGCAGCAUACACUAAAUAAGCGAUGCCAAUCAGAGAUCCCAAUAAUAUUGAGCAGAUUUGUUUAUCUUUUAUUGCCAGAUUUUUGCUUUCGUUUUUGGGAGAUAGCCCAGGGACCUUCAGCUCCUCUCUUUGGUAUAUGAUCAAAUAAAUACUCCCGUUUAAAUAUAGUAAGAAGGGCACGCAUUUUUUAAGUAAAGGCUUUUUGAAAUAGCCUAUAACACGUCCUUCUUUUUUCUUCAAACAGUUUCCAUUCUAUGUAUGCAUGUGUAUUGGUAUCUCAGUGUGUAAAAUGGGAGGAAGAGGGAAUGAAAUUCCAAGUGUUUAUAUUUUUAUUUAUAAUUAAGAUUGGGGUUAAUCCCAAGGGGGCUGACGGCAUGGCAGCAUCCCAUUCUUCAAUGCCUCCCUCAGCUAUUUAUUAAAAUUUAAAUCUUAAUUGCUCCAUUUAAAUUAAUUGGAGAAAGAAAAAAAUCUCAGCAGUUAGUCUCUUGAAAUAUUUAUUUUCCCAUGAGACUACAGAGGAGAUUCUCUAGCACAACGCACGUAGAAAGCUACCCAGACUACUCACUUUUCCAGGAUCAAACACUUGCGUGUGAAUGUGCAUGAAUCCAACUUAAAGCCUUAAAAGUUAUAAGAAACCUUGCAAACAAGUGAUGAAAAUUGCAAAAGCAUAGACAGUCAAACAGAUGCAUACAUAAGAAACAGACACACACACUUGUGUAAGGCACAAAGGAAGGAAGUUUAAUUCAGUGACAGUUGAAACAAGGCCAAGGGCUAAACACAAUAAACAAUCUGAAUCUGAAUAUUCAUGCAAGCUCACACUGUGGUUCUGUGUAAUAAUAAGCAGCCCAAUGAAUAUUCCUGGAGACAAAUUCAUGUAAUGGACUGAUGUGGAAGGUUGUGUCUAUAUCUUCAAGUAUUGCGUUCCGCUCUCAAGGUGGAGUGUUUAAAUGGGACCUGAGGAGUUAAGCUUACUGACCUUUAUG